UUACUUUUCUUUUCCUGAAUACAUAACAUUGAGACUCGUUUCUUCUACGAUUAAGUGCGAGUGACUUGACUUGUCAAAUUCUUUUUGCUCUUAAAUUAAAAUACAAUGUCACAAAUUAAAAUAGUCACCAGCGAUAUUCUCUUAGAAUUCUUAGAAGUGGCAUUUAAUCAUAUACUUUACUAUAGAAAAUUAUAUCCAAAAGAAAUCUUUGUUAAGAAAAAAAUUUAUGGCGCUGUAAUCCAUGUCUCAGAACAGCCAGAACUUAACGAAUACUUGAGAAAUGUUUUAACCGCUAUUAAAGAAUUACUUAAAGAAGAUGAAAAUAGUGUCAAAGCUGUCAACCUUGUUGUUUUUAAUGAAAAUAGAACACCCAUUGAAAAGUUCGUUUUUGACUUGGUCAAGUUACAGGCGCAAGGAAUCGAAAUUGAUCCAUACUAUCUUAAAACUGAAGAAGCUUUGAGAACGAUCUGUUUAAAAUUAUCCAUAUGUGAAACGUAUUUAAAACCCCUUCCAGAAAAUGCAUCAUUUUCUAUAGAAAUUCAAACGUAUGAAACUGCCCAUGUAUCUCUCAGUGAAAAUCCAUUAUGCGAAGAUUUCCCUUGGAUUGUUGAUGAUGAAACUAAGAAAAUGGUCAAUAAAAAAUUAUUACCUCUGAAUACAGUUAAAACAGAAUGUUUAAAUUUACAGAUGUACGUACUCCAAAAUGGAGAUGUCUAAAAUAUAUUGUAAUGUGAUGUAAUAUAAAAAAAUAAAUAAAUUUAUACUUUUA